UCGAACUCAGUUAAUGCCAGGUCGUUUGAACAAACUACGCCCAAUUUUAAUGUAAAAAGCUUAUUCUGGCCAUCUAUUAAAGAAUACAUUCACAAAGUGUUUGAAAAUCAUGGCUAUUGCGUCAACAAUAGCCGAGUCCGAUGACCACCUCAAAGUUUUGGACCUUCUUCAGCUAGCAAGCAGGGACAGUCCUGCGGCGGGCGCCUUGUUUGAAAUCAUUUUAACUCAGAAGAAUAUUCAGAAUCUUGAGACCAAAUACACCAAAGGACAAAUAUCCGCGGGUAAGGAUCGAGGUACUACCACGACCCUCACAGAAGCAAAAGGGACAAUAAACAGCGACGAACCGCAUCCAUCAAAGGAACCCCUUAGCAUGCCACAGAUUGUGAAGGAUAUCUCUAAAACGAUCGAUAACGCUAUGUAUGACUGGGCCAUAAGCAACGAUUAUGGAAAAACACCCACCGAACUAUCAGAUUUUUUGGUUCAGAACGGAUUUUCCUCUAUUGCCGAAUGUGUAAAGAAUUCAUCGAGGGAAGCACUAAAUCGUAAAGAUGUUCCUACAGAAAAUUGUAAACUUAUUGAGCCAGAAGUCCCAAGCUGUUGGCGAGGUUUGCACUCAGGCUUUUGCAAAGCUUGUAUAGAAUGCCGAAGCGUUUUCAAAGCCGGGAAAGCAAGUGACCUUACAUCGAAAUAUAAAUAUUACGUUUUGAACUAUCCUUGGCUACCCAUUAUCGGUAUUAUAGCGGCACUAAUCAUCGGAAUUGUGGCUGCAUUCCCGACCGGAUAUUUGGUCGGAUUUCAUUCAUCAGAUCCACCUUCCCAUGUGUCAUCCUCAUCACAUUUUCUGAGCAGUGACUCAACGUUUAAUAGUUUAACCACAGUUCCAUUAAUUCCCAUAGAACAUCCCACUACAGAGCUUACUAUUACGCAACAACCUAUAGAGUAUCAGUGUACCCCAGAAAUCCAUGAGCAAAGAUAUACCGAUGUAAACCCCAAGGAUAUCCUUAGUCCUAACUGGUUUGAAGAUACAAUCAACUUUUGUUCAUUCGAGGAUAUUCAGUUAAUCGUGAAAAUGGAUAGUAUCCCUAGUUUUAGGAUCCCGCCAGUCUUUAAAUGCCCCGAGAAUGUCAUAGCUAUCGAGAUCACGGGCAAAAGCAGAUGGGACCUUGUCCAAACACUUUUAAGGAAGUUAUGCAAAGUAAGAAAAUUAUCUUUCUAUGGGCAAGAAGUUUGUCAAGCAGGCAAUUUGGGCGACAUAAGUGUCAUCCCUGCAGAUUCACUGACACACCUGCAUUUUCAUGAUUUUACCGGAUGUGGAACAUUGUACAACAAUAUCGCCGAACACAUUUCUGCACGAAAUGUUAGGUCAAUGGCCUUUGGUUGUGUUAAAUUUGGGGAUAGCGACACAAGUAGCUUGCAAAAUCUGAUUGGCGUGUUCCCCAAUGCUUCGACGAUUGAUUGUACCAACAAUAAUAAUUGCCUCGGUUUCAAGGCUAAACUUCCCAAGCAUACGAAGCUGAAAAGCAGGUACGCGAAAUGCUAAGGAUCUUGCAUUUCACUUGCACUUAGAAAUACAUAGUAGUAUAAGGGCCGCUAAUCAGCUUUUGCGCAAAAGGACAAAAUGUGCGAAUGUUUUUUUGUAAUUGCUAAGUUACAUAUUUAACUUUGACCAGUAAUAGUGUUAAUUUGGUCCAUACCAGUGGACAUUUGGGUAGCAAAGUCUCCGUUCGACGUAACGGAAAGCAGCUAGAGAAUGCCAGGAUGGGAGAAGAUUUACUGCGACAGAGCAUUUCUGAUAAAAAGUGAUGCCAAUCAAAUAUUUGCAAACACAGAAAUCAAAAUUGCGGCUUCAUAACCAAUUAUUAGUUAGUUAGCCCUGUUCAUAUCUAAUAACUUUCGUGAAGGUGGUUUCUUUUUAAUUGACAUGUUAAUUAGUUUCCUUCAAACUUAGAAAAAAAUCUGACAAAAUUGUUCUUUAAUAGAGAAGCUAAUUGCCGAUAUAUUCAUGCAAUUUCCAUAUAUGUACAAAUGUAAGCAUUUAUACUAUCGAAUCUCAGGCAAACUUUGUGCCUUCUAAUUCGCGUAAUUAAUUGCGUAAGUUGGAUCAAUCUAAUUAAUUAUUACUAAUGAAUCUACGGAAUUACCCACAAAACGUUGGAGUUAUGUAAUUACCUAUGAAAACUGAACUUAUGUAAAUAUGUGGUUAGCGUUACACUACAUACAUAAUCUCAAAGAAAACAUGUGACCUGAACCUGCUUAAUAAUCCAUAAGUAAUGGAUCGACAUAUUCAAUUACGCAUAAAGGGUGACUCAAAUCCUAAUCAAUCAAUAUUAGAUAUACGAAACUAAGGACAAUGCACGUUUGAUCUAUUUGUGUACGUAUGUGCAUAAAUAGGUUCGCAAUUAUCCAACAAGACUAAAGCUAAUAAACCAUAUACAUACAUAAUUAUGGUUCCGAAUAUCAGAGAAGCUAUGAGAUUUCUCAUCAAUUUUGGAACUAUGAAAUUUCCCAUAAACUUUGGAACUAUGAAAUUUCCCAUAAGUUUUGGGUUUAUGAAAUUUCCCAUAAGUUUUGGGUUUAUGAAAUUUCCCGAAAGUUUUGGACCUAUGAAAUUUCCCACAAACUUUGGAACUAUGAAAUUUUCCGUCACUGUUGGACAUAUGAAAUUUCCCUUUUGGAACUAUGAAAUUUCCCAUCGACGAUGGAUCUAUACUUAUGAAGACUGAUAUUAUACCAACAAGCAUAUUAAUAGUCCAGAAUCUCAGGGGACCUAAAAAUAGGCCCACCACCAUAGUAAGUAUUUAAGUAUUUAUCUAUUUUAUACCUAUGUACCUACAUACAUAGUUCGUCAAAUAAUAUGCCUCAUCCUUCGAAAAAAAUACCGAGUUACUAAAUCACAUUCACAUAGUCUCAAGGCUCACGCCAUUAAUACAUUUGUACAAAACCGUAACUAAAGUAUGUUCCACGGGUCAAAAAUGAGCAAAUAGUUUCCGUUCAUCAAUCUUCAUUAUUUUUGUUUAUUUAUUUUAUUCUUCGUAAUUAGUUCCCUUCAAAUUAGUAAAAUGACUCAACUUCAGAAAGGAUAUAGAUAUUUGUACCUUCAUAUUUUCUCCUCAUUUGUUUCAUUUUCCAUACUAUGAAUUUGAGCUUCUGGUCAACCCGGAUUAUAAAACUUUAGUAACAUUUUCCUAAAAAAUAAUUUCCAUAAUUUUUAACUUGAACUUUAGAAAUAUAUCAAUCUAACCAAAUUCGUAACGGAACAGUACACGAAAUCAUUGACUUUAGAAGAUAUUAAUUUUUAAGCCAGAAUGAAAUGAAGUUUACAAAGUUUGAUCACAAAUUCAUAAUGUUUCUAUCGCAGAAAGUACAAAUAAUAAUCUGGGCUUCUCAAAGAGAAAAUUUUUAAACUCAGAAAAGUUUUUUUGAGAUGAUAAAUAUUUUACUCAUGUAAAUAGUACGAUAGAAAUGAAUAGUUCUAGGUAAUUAAUAGAGUUAGUGAGGCAUUAUAGGAAGUAUCUACUAAUGGGGUGAUAUGUUACAGAAGUAAUGAAUUAUGUAACAUAAUGUAUAUAUUGUAACAUAUGUAAGUAAUUAGUGAAUUAUCACAGAUUAAGGGAAUUGUUCUUACAAAAUCUAACAACAUAUAUAAUUUUAAAGUACCGUAGAUACAAUUAUGUAAAAAUACAAAUAAAAUAUGUACAAAUACAUAAUGCAUUUAUUUAUGGUACCUAACCUGUAUAUUCUUGUUAAGUGUAUUUAUAUGAUUGUUAAAUUACUAGAUAUUAAAUUAUUUAUUAAGGGAUAUUCAAUAAUUGAAUUAUAAUUAUGUAUGUAUUACAUAAUUGUUCAACUUACUUGUCAUUCCGAGAAGUGAACUUUAUAUGGCAUUAUACAUAUGUACAUAAUGCCGUAUAAAAAUGCUAAGCACUAUACUAAUUGUAAGUUUAGUAGUUGGUAACUAAAUAAUUAAACAAUAGGUUAACAAGCCACGAAGUACGCGUAGAACAUAUACAUACAUAUAUGAUAUAUUGAUAAAUAUACUUAUAAUGUAAUAAAUUAAUCAAAUCCGUGAUUUGAUUAAUAAUACAUACACACUUAUACUUACAUACAUAUGUAUCGAAACUCCAGCAACAUAUUUGCAUAUGUUUUAUGCAAGGCUACAUACCUUAAUUCGAGUUGGUCGAUAACCAAAUCAUGAUGGUUUUAUAACUUAAAUAAAAGUGAACUAUACAAUUGGAUGAUAAGGAUGAUUCCUACCUGUUCGCAUCUCAUUUCAGAGUACAGAUUGGCCACGAAAGAAUAAAGAAUCUCAAUAAAUUCACAUCUGUUGUAACAUAUAUUAUUCAACAUCAAGUAAUAAUUUUAAUUAAAAUUAGUUUAAUUGGAUUUGACUUUUUUCUCCACAACUUUCCAAAUGUCUGACACGUGGUGAAAGUUAGUGUUAUUAACGACGGCGGCUUUCUCAUCUAGAGGAUACUCUUUGCAAGGAAUUUGGACGUCGACCGAGACAUGAGCCACCAGUUCAACAAUUUAGAUACCAUGACCCAUAAUUAAUUGCUGACCCGGUCAAUCUGCAUUAAAUUCAAUGAGUAAUUUUCCACCUGGACAAAAACUGUAGCAAAAGUUGUGCAAUUUUAAUCCAUGUCGACCACACCCUUUCCAACUGCUAGUGUGGUAAAAGUCCUUAUUCAAGACGUACCACUUUCUCAUGGCAGUGAAGAAUUUGCAAGAUUACUUGGCAUUGAUGCAGUCACGAGGAACAAGAUAUACAAAAAGCAUAUUUUGGAAACAAGCACUUCCACCGAUUAUUACACAAACUUGCUGCAAAAUUGGGUAGGGCGUAAAGGCAACGACGCAACCGUGGAUGCACUGCGUGGCAUCUUAGAAGACGGAGAAUUCAAGAGCGCUUCUGAUCUCUUAGAAAACCUCGACGCGGUAGACCCUGCCAAAUCCACCCCGGCCGACAUGUCUGCCUCCUCGCCCUCCUCAAUUAAUACUACUGCCUCCACCACCUCGACCAUGCCCACGCCGCGCAGUAGAGUAAGUACGCGCAGUACGCACACGAUGUUGAACCCCGUGUUAUCAGCCACACCCACUUCGGCCCACAUGAGUGAGAAAACUGGAGGUUUUAGGACAGACGGGAACACUUUUACUGCAGCCGGUGCGACUCAAAUUAACAAUGUCCAGAUUCUUAAUUUCAACAACAACAAUCAUACUAUUCCAACCUUUUGUGACAAUACAUCUGGCACCCUAUCAGAAUUAAGUGCAUUGCCCCGAGAAUUUUCAUUCGCGACAACCUUUAAUAGCAAUAACCAUGCUGGUCAAGCUGCUUCAAGCACAGAGAAAAGUGGUGAACUACCAGCUUCAAGAACUGAUCUGUCAAAUCCGUCAUCGUCAUCAGAAAAGGCAACUCGUCCCAUACUUGAAAAUACUCCAACUCUAUUAAAGUCGGGUCAGAAAAAUGGACAAAAUCAACAGAUCCAGGAAACGCCAUCUCUUCGUCUUACUGACGACGACUCACCUGACGGAGCUUCAGAAGCUAAUAAACCGCUUAUCGAAUCAGGUUCCAACGAAAACAAAUCGAGUUCCAAGGAAGAAAUUGAGAUGAAAGAAAAUCCAGGUCAAGAAACAAAUACUCGCACAAUUAGGUACUCACGUCCUACACCGGUAGUUAAGAAUAGGUCUUGUUUGCAAAAUCCGAACGUCAUUUGCAUCUUCAUUCUGAUCCUAGUAGUAAGCAUUUUCACAAUUUUUUUUAAUACAAAGAACCCCGCAGAUCUACUUAACACGACAACUCUGUAUAACAUCUCGCCGACAAGGCCACAAUCUGUUCCCUCAUCUAGCGAAAGUACUCACCAGAUCAAUUAUGAGACGACAGUACCGACCAGCACGGAAAUUACAACAGCCUUGCCAGACGAAUCAAUCUCCUUCUGUAACAAAACCAAAGACUUCAAUCUCUAUCUUCAAUUUCCACAAAUUACGCAAGCCCCUACAAUAAACUGUUCGGAAAACGUGUCAGGCAUCAACAUUACGGGUCCGACUGACUGGAAUAUAGUCAAAUACCUUGUCAAAACAUUGACUAAUGUGGAAGUACUAUCAUUUACGGGACAAGAUGUAUGUCAAGCAAAUGAUAGCGAAAUCUCGACUGGAAUAAGGGGAGACUCAAUGACGCGCCUUUAUUUUCAAGAUUUUUCCAACUGCAGCAAAUUGUACUACGAUAUCUCGAAACAUGUCUCACUACUAAACAUUACAUCCAUAGAAUUUAUUUGUGUCUUUUUUGGGCGUAACGAUACAUCAGGUGUGCAAACUUUGAUAGAUGCGUUCCCUACUGUUUCGAAAAUCUAUUGUAGGAAUAAUCAUAAUUGUGGUGAUUUCAAAGCUAAGCUUAGAACAGGUAUUAAGAACCUUCGCACCGGGUACGUCAAGUGCAACAUGCAUAUUUGAGCUCAACUUUCAGAAAGUUUCAUGAGAAAGCAUACAUAUCAAAACAAGCUAAAGAUUAUUUUUUAAAUUUAAAAAUGUGACAAAAUGUGACCAAAUAUAGGCCGAAUGUGUUAGGAAAAAUUAGACAUAAAAUUUCAUAUUUAUAUGUGCAAAUUUUUACAUCGUGCCAGAUUUUGUCAUAUUUUUUAACUUCAGAAUAAAUUUAUUAAUGAUUAGUAAUUUUUAAACGCACUAUCUAGGCGGUCUGUAUCUAAAUACAUAUUUACAUUACUCAUGUCAUGAAUACAUGUUGUACGUACCCAAACCCAGGAAAUUCAUAACGUCCGUUUCGAUUUAGAAUUUCAUACGUAUGUAAGAUCGAUGCUAACAAAUCACGUCACACUGCCAAGCAUUGAAUUCGUAAGAUUUAAAAUUGUCAAAUUUGAAAGUAAUCAUAGUCAAGGUGGAUAUGCAUGCAUCCAAAAUCUGAAACAUAGUAGGCUCAGAAUUGUUUGCACUUUUUAAAGGCAACUAGAUAUCCCAUAAGGUACAAAUUUUGCUCAAAAGGGUGUUCCUUUAAUGCUAAAAGACAAAUAAUUUUUACAGAAUAAAAACCUUUUCGUUGUAUUUACAAAUGUUAAUGAAGCUAACAUUUUUUACUGUUUUAACGUUAGAAUCUGAAUUAUGUAUAGUUCCUAAGGUAUAAGCAAUUAUCUAAUAAAUUUAAAAACCUGAACUGAACCCUACAAAUUUCUGAGCAAAAUAUCACGUAAAUUUUUUUUGUAGUAUUUACAUGCGCGUACCCAAGUAAAACUACUCACGGAAAUUCCAAGUCAACUAUUUAUCACAAGUUUGAGAUAAAGACUACUUAUACAUAUGUAAAUAAAUGGUAUUUUUUAAGUAAGCAAAUUAUAAACUAUUUAGGUAACACUUGUCUGGUAAAUGGUUUCAGAUUCUACAAUUUUAAAAGUUUUCCUACAAAUGAUGAAAACGUGGCAUACUUCAGAUUUUCUUAUCAUCAUUUACAACUUGAAUUCCCAGUAAGUUUCAUCCUUCAA